CUCAGCGAGGGGGGAACCGGGUUAAGAGUGCGCGUGCGCAGUGAAUACUUCCUUCUUUUGCUGUGGCCUAUAUCGUAGCAAGAUGGCCAAGCGCACUAAGAAAGUUGGCAUUGUUGGUAAAUAUGGUACCCGAUACGGAGCUUCCUUGAGGAAGAUGGUGAAGAAGAUUGAAAUUAGCCAGCAUGCCAAGUAUACUUGCUCCUUCUGUGGCAAGACCAAAAUGAAGAGAAAAGCUGUGGGUAUCUGGCAUUGUGGUUCUUGUAUGAAGACCGUGGCUGGUGGUGCCUGGACAUACAACACCACUUCAGCAGUGACAGUGAAAUCUGCCAUCCGAAGACUGAAGGAGUUAAAAGACCAAUAGAAACCUCUUCUUCUCCCAAUACUGUCUAUAUUCCUUCUCCAGCUUUUCAGUCUAUUGCUUCUUUUUGUCAAUUAAAGAGGGUUGUGAAUCUGGA